UUUUUUUUGUAAAAAAAGAUGAGAAAUAUUUCAUUUAGUGAUGAAGAACAAAGUGAUAUAUUGCCAAAAACAGCCACUUUAUGGUGGAGAACACCACAAGAUUUUGAUGAAAAUGGUCAUCUUAAAGUUGAUAUUUCUGAUCUAUCAAAACUCACACCAAGACUUAAAAUCCUUAGAGAAAUGGAGAGAUUAGCUUUUAUUUCUACUGAAGGUCUUGAAGAUCUUAGACACAAACUUAUUACUUACAGGGCAGGGGAUUUUUGGUUACCAGUAGGAGGGGUAAAGAAGGAAGAUAUGGAAAUAGCACCAGUGAUCACAAUUGUACUUGUUGGAUUAUGUGCUUCUGGAAAAAGUUCACUUGUUAAUUACAUGUAUAGUGUUCUUGGUAGAUCUGGUCUCAUCCCUUUUGCUCAAACAUCAAGUGGGAACUCACACUAUACAACCAUGUUCUUGGAAGAACACAAUGUGUUGAGAUCAAUGAGAAGUGGAUUUUGUGUGUAUGAUACAAGGGGAUUAGAAACUAAUGAUAUGAUUGAGGGAUUAGAUGAAGUUUCUACAUGGAUGACACGUGGCGUUCGACAUAAUCAACCUUGUUUUCGACAUGAUGAUUAUAAUAAUAAUAAUAAGAUUACGAAUAAAAGGUACACUAAGAGGAAUGUUGAUUGUGCAAUAAUUGUGGCUGAUUUAUCAGAGAUUAACAAAGCUUUUAUCUCUGGAGAUUUGAAGGAUGUAGUGGCCUUGAAGAGCCUUUUCAACAAUUCUUCUAUAAGGAAAUCAAAUGAGAAUCCAUUGCUAAUAUUGACACACGGUGACACGAUUAGCGCGGAGGAGAGGAUCAAUAGCCGGCUGAAAAUAUGUGAAUUUCUAGGUAUACCGGAGACGACAGGGGUCUACGAUGUAGCGUGUUUGACUGAACAGGGAAUAUUACCAGAAGAAUCAGAUCCAAUAACAGCAUUUGCCCUAACUGAAGCUGUGUAUAGAUCACUAAUGCAAUCUGAUAGAAAUCAUCAGCCAAAGAAGAAAUUGAAGGAUUGGAUUGUGCUAUUUUUGACAUGGAUCUUGUGUUGCAUUGGUGCCUUUUUUUGCAAUUCUUGCAAAUUUCUUCUCAAAAUGUAGUCAACCUCACAACAAAAAACUAAAGUAUUAGAAGUAUACUGCACGGUAAGUCUGCGUACAAUAGACCUUUUGUGGCUCGACAACCCUUUUCUGGACUCCGCACAUAGCAGGAGCUUAGUGCAAUGAACCGUCUUUUCACUCUCUAUUUAGGUUCAUGAGUGUCAGAG